CAACAGUAUGACGUUUCAUGCUGUGGAGUUAUUUGAGUUCGCUGCUCGUCUACGAACUCAGGCGUCGUGAUUAGCCGCGGCGCUUAGCAUCGACGUGUCUCUGAGAGGAGUUCGUUGCUGUUGUCAUUUGGAGAAACUUUCCCGAUAUUUUUCAUGCGUGGAUUCUAGCCAUCCUCCUGUGUUAUUACAUUACACCGUUGUUGCGGAAUCAAGUGCUUGUUGAGAAUCUCCGAGCGAACCUUCCACCUAUUUCGAGCCGGGAGAUCCUGAGCAGAAGAGCCGAGAGCAUGAUUCAGCCGAUCAAGGAGGCGCCGACGGUCGUUCGGGUGACGAAGUCACGUACAGAAAUGAAUUUGAUCCGGCUCCUGAGUCGAUGCGAGGCUCUCGUCGUGGAGAAGAAAUUGUCCUGGAAGCUGGAGGCUUACGUCGAGAAACUAGAUGAGCUCCUAAAUAGCUUGGAAAAACAGAAUACGAUUCAGCCGAGCCUCGAGAGUAUCAACGCUUACCAGAGGAAGAUAAAUUUCAUCAAGGGCGCUAUGCGAGUGGAAAAAGCCGAACCGGAGAUGAAGCUAGUCGAGCAAACGAAGCUCAAUCAUUAUCCCGAUCGAGAAGUGCACCAGAGACAGGGGACGAAAGUUCAUCGUGAACUUAGAGAGAACCUCUUCGGCAAGGAGAAAAAGAAACAAACGCAAGAUGUCGACCAGAUCCUGAGGGAGCACGAAUCGACGAAGCAGAAAAUCGCAGAGAGCAUGGUGUCGAUGGCACAAGACCUGAAGAGAAACGCGCAAACCGCGAAGCAUAUUAUCGCCAAAGAUACCGAGGUUGUCAAGAGGACUGUGCACUCGACCGAUGAGAACUUUGGCAAACUUCAGAAAGAAACCGAGCGCCUUGAGAAAAAACUAAAAUUUUCCUGUUCAUGUCACUGUACAAUGUGGAUUAUGCUCGUGAUCGCCUGCAUGGUUUUUCUGCAGAUGGUCAUGUUCAUGCGCUUCUUUCCGAAAAGAUAUUGA